UUCUGUCUGCCACAAAAAUCUGAUUACAACGCAGAUAAACUUACUGCGAUAUUCUCAAAGUAUACAAAACACCUCGUAAGUAUUUUUUAUUAUUAGAAAUAAAAUAGCGUUAUAGUGUUUACUUUUAGAAAUUAGAUCAUGGCGGCAUCCUGAUAUAAUAUGAAUAUUACAUGAAUAUGACAUAAUAUAGAUGAAUAUUAAAUACACACCUUAAGAUGUGAAAAAAGAUAUGAAUAGAAGAACUCUAUAAAAUACGCCAUUUUGAUUGGUUAAGCUUUUAUUAGCAGGUCUUUCUUGACUCUUUUGAUCUAUAAGAAUUUUGUGUAAAUGCACUGCGUAUAAUUAUAAUUAUUAUAUUAAAAUGUAAAAAUGAUUUCAAAAAUUGUGUUGUAGCGUGACGUUCAAUUAAAACACAUGAGGAUCGACCGAAAAUCUCACAUUGAAAUUGCAGUGACUUCUAUAACGUAGAUCUCCUUUGUAUUUCGCCUAUUUGAACAAUUAACUGACAACCAAAAUUUUGUGAGAAAACUGGAAUUGCAAGAAAAUCUCGUAAUACAGUAGUUGUAACCGAGAAAAGUGUGUUACUUGUUUAAAACACUCUGGAACCCAAACUAAGUUCAAGCAAUCUUUUCUUGUUUUAAUUGAUAUUGUAUACCUAACAAUAAGUUUGUCCAACCGGAGAACCAGACUUAUAACACGUGAAUAUGGUCAUUUUUCUCGGGGUAUUUUCAAAUAACUUGUGAUGAAAUAUUCCAUUUCUCCAAGUUUAUGAAUAAUAAUAACCCUAUGCUGCAAGUUUCAAAAUAUAUGAUUUAUUACAAGUUAUUAUGACGCUAUCAAUUUUAGGUCACAUUUUCUCUUAUUUUAAAAUGAAUUUAAAUUAAAACGUGACGCCAAACCACUCACCAUGCAUACGCCUUACUCGUCGACAAUCGCAUUCAUAUCGUACUUGCAAUUUUGAUAUUUCAUUGCCAAACGUGAUCAUCCUAGUUACAGCCUUGUUUUUCUGGAUCUGAGAAGCGGAAACGACGUUCUCCCAGCGAGAGAAAGGUAUCGCAUAUGAUAGUAUGUGCUAUAAAAAGAUACACGAUCUGUUGGAUUUAUCUAUCGUUGAUUCAUAUCGCUGAUUUAGAAAGUGAUUAUGUGUUCCUGAAAUAAUUUUUCUAUGUUGAAUUUAUUUAUCGUUGAUUGACAUCCUGAUUAAUAAAGUGAUUAUGUGUGGCUGAUAUGAUGAAAUAAAUUAUGCGAAAAUUGUUACUAUAAUUUGCUUUGAUUUAUGACAUUCAGUUAUCAAGUAAUGUUUAAGUAAUGUUGACAUAUAAAGGUAUGAUUGUGAUUUAGUGAUAAGUAAUAUUGAUAUAUGAAGCAUAAUUAUGAGUAGAAUCAUGUACUAGUAUACUAUUGCAGAUGCUGUAAUUUGAUUGGCUGCUCGCUAUUCCUCGAUAGAUAGCGAGUAGCAAAACAAUCAUUUUCCUGACGCUUUUUUUUAAUGUGGCUUCCAUUAUCAAAUUAUUGAAUUAUUUUGUGGAAUAUUUUAUGUUUGUUCUCUCAUUCUACUAAAACAAUUCGAUUAUUCGCUAUGGAUUUCUAUGAGGUGAUAGUUGAUUCGGGCUUCGCCCUCAUUAACUAUCACCUUAUAGAAAUCUCGAGCUCGUAAUUUAAUUGUUAGAUACAUUGAAUGAUUGUGAUUUAGUGAUAAAUAAUAUAUUGAUAUAGGAAGCAUAUAGUUAAUUAUAGUUAUAUACAUGGAAUGAUUGUGAUUUAGUGAUUGCAAUUAAUUAAACGUCGUGAGUUGUAUAUAUUUCCUACAUAUAUUAAUAAAUAAUAAUAGUUCCUAGGUAAGAAAAUAAAUGUUCAAAUUAAAGUUUUAGAGUAUUUCCAAGACAGUUUCUCAGAAUUUCCGAUCCAAUCUAUAAGGUCUUGGAAAACACCGUGAACAACUUCCCCGAAUGCGGAAUACUUGGGUACGAAGGAGAAGAACAAGAGAUAUUUUAGAGAAGCGAGCAUAUAUUACUAUGUUUUGCUUUGUAUGCAUCUUCAUUUUUAACUGCUUAUUGAAAGUUACACUGGUUGUAAAAAAGCUCGAAUUUUGUCAUAGUAAUGUUAGCAGUGAGCCCACAGGAGGCCCCACUAUGAGUUAUGAUUAAAAUAAUAUUGUAUUUAUUUUAAAAACCUACUUGAAUCCCUUGAUAAUCGAUUAUUUCUUUUCUCGAAGUUCUGUAAACAUUUUAAACUGCAUGUAGUCAUUAUACUAUCACACUACAUGACCUUUCCGGGCGCGACCGCGGUCUUUACUUGUCAGCGAUCAUCUAUACUUCGCGAAACGUCAUGUGGAGUGAUAGUAUACCUUCCAGUCCUUUAGUGUGUCGUACUGAUUGCGUCUUUUGUGCAAAAACAUUUAUCAUUUUUCAUGCAGAUCUUGGUAUUUCUACCAUUUAGUGGCUGUUUACCUGUUCCCGUUUUUCCAGGACAGGAUGGAAGGUUGGAUAAGUCGGUAUUGAAAUAAAUCACUGAAACGAGGGUUCAAACGACGGUCAAAAGAUCAAGAAGAUUAUUCCUGCACAAACAAUCUUUCGUUUACAAUUACACUAUAAUCUAGAUCACGAGAGGAAAAUAAUGUAGUUUUGCUGAAUCGUGUGCCGUCACUUAUUUCAAUACAUCAAAAUCACUCCGCUUCACAUCUCGUCCCGCCAAAGCAGGAUCAUGUAAACAGCCCAUUAUAUAGUGAGUCGUAACAUAACUUAAAACGCGAGAAGAGGACUAUACUGGUGUUAGACAAAGAUCAUUAUGUUAUUUCUGUAAUUCGUUUCAUAAUAAAAUUAAUUCUAUAUUUCUUGAUAUUCCAGUCACCUUCGAAAUGGUUUGCUAUCGCAUACAAAGAAGCAAUUGCUCAUGCGGGUUCAGCUGAUCAGUUCGGUUCAGGAAAUUCACAAAACUUCUACCAUUUCGAAGGUAAGAUCAUUGUAGACAAUUAUUUGUUUAUAGGUUUGUGGAAUGGAAACCCCAUGUGUAAUUCCUGCAUGUAUUGGAAAGCUGUCAUUGUUUACGCCCGAAUCGUUAUCACUCAGCGCUAAUAAAACUUUAACGAUAAAAGAACCUACCAAAAAGUGUUUCACCUGAUUCAGUAGUCUGCGUGUCAGGCUCUAUGCUUUAGCGUACGAUUCGUACGCAAAAUUCCCAUUGGUCAGAAAUAAAUAGCCUUACCUUUUAAGGUAGUAUCAAAUUGUUGGUUACGUAGUAUGAUAUUCUGUACUUGUAAUUGUACUUUUGGCCGCAUUAAUUACUGCCUUUACUGUCUAUAAACACGGUCAAUAACCGUUAUUAUUAAGGCGAUGAGAACACGAAAAAUCUGAGAGGGGAUUACACGAUAAGGCUGUAUUGCCUUCCUCUAAACAGGUUUUCCUGGUUAGGAUGAAACAAAAGUCCGACUUCUUUGAGUGACAAACGACUAGGUCAAAGCCGACUGCUGACUCGAAUAUAAUAUUACGAACACUUAUUAAACAGUAAUAAAGUAACGCUAUUAAACCGCAAGAGUGAAUUAACCUUAUCAUUAAUGAUAAUAUGUAAACUAGAACACUAUAAAUUAAUUGACCUCCGCUUGUGGAGAUUUUAAUUUAGGGCGAUUAAUUAAACCGAAAUCUGUUCUAUCACGAUGCAUUACAUGCAUGUCCUCACAAAUGUCUAGUGUAACGUAGUCUUCCAGCCGAAAAUAAUUACUUUUGAUUCGGGUCAGUAAUUAUAAUAGAUAAUUACUGAGGCCAACGGCAUUAUUCGAUAUAUUGCAGCCAGCUGAGGCCGAAGGCCGAAGCUGGCUGCAAUAUAUCGAAUAAUGCCGUUUGGUCGAAUAAUGCCGUUUUGGCCUAUAUCUAGGAUAAAAUCCCACAAGCGCAAACGAAACUAUUUCUCUAUAAAGUUGAGCUGAAAGGACUCACAGUGACCGUUUUGGCAGUGCUUCAGGCGCCCGAUGAUAUUGUAUGAGGGGCCUUUAGCACUGCCAACUUCUCAUCUUGAGAUGUUCACGUUAUCGCGUGUACUUGUCAGGAUGACGAAGGAUUGCGAAUAAUGUCUGUGUGCACUGAUACACGCUGCUUUAUUUUUAAUAAUGCUGUGUGCACGCUGCAUUAUUUUUAAUAAUGCUGUGUGCACGCUGCAUUAUUUUUAAUAAUGCUGUGUGCACGCUGCAUUAUUUUUAAUAAUGCUGUGUGCACGCUGCAUUAUUUUUAAUAAUGCUGUGUGCACGCUGCAUUAUUUUUAAUAAUGCUGUGUGCUAUUUUAGCCCGUAUAAACAUUUACCCCUGGGAAUUUCCCUACAAUCAAAAAAGACCGCUCCCGUUUUUCAGAAGAACGCUAAAACUUCUCGACAUUCGCUGAUAUAAUGCAGAGAGAAAACAAUAGGAUUAUGAUCGUCAGUAAUUAUUAAAGACUAGUUUCCACUCAGGAAAAUUAUCCGUGGACUGGAACGGACAAGAAAAUUUUUCUUCAAAAACUUUUUUUUUAACGAGAACGAAUAAUGACAACUUAAUACUUGAAUAUUUUUUAAGUCUAGUUCCUUCGAUAUCGGUAUGUAGAUCGAAAAAACACCCUGAUGGCGAAGGAACUUGACUGAGUUCCGAAAUGUCGCCCACUCGACAUGAGUGGAAUAACCGCGGUCAAGCAAACGUUCGGUGUGGACACACUCAGAGACAACAUUACAAACAUAAUACCAGGAACAGAUUCAAGAUGAUAUGAUUCAUACGUCUCUUUAUGUACCAAAGGCGUCGUGAUUUGUUCGCUCGCUUCAUUUGAAAGUUAAUUAAAUGUCACAUCAGUAGUCACAUCAACCACGUGAUACCAAACGUUUAAUACACGCUUCCGGAAAGUACGUCAUCUUGGCCAUAGAGCCCCGUUUUGGGUACAUCCUCGGGUAGAAGAAUUUGCAUCACAGACUACGUCAUCAGUUAGUUAUAGCGAUUAGUUUUGAGGUUAGGGUAAGGGUUAGGGUAAGGGUUAGGGUUAGGGUGAGGGUUAGGGUAAGGAUUAGGCUUAGAGAUAGGGAUUUGGUUAUAUCUGACGCCACAAACAACACAACUAGCCGAUCACGUGAUCACUUCUCCUCUACCCGAGGAACUCCCCCUUGUUUUCGCGAUUGACACGUUAUGCUUUAAAUAAUGCCGUGAACUUGUGAGCGAGGCUAUGUAGCCAUAGUACGUACUGGCAUGCAAGACAAGAGAAAUUAAUUCUGCCCAGUAAAGACAAACAUACUGUCUAUGGUGGCUUUCUAUUUUGAUAUAUCUAGUAUUGUGUAUUUCAAAAUGACUCUCACUUUGCGGGAACAUUUAUGACUAUAUAUUAAGGUGGUGUUGGGAAAACCCUUGAUAUCCCAGCUGGGCCAAGUAGAGUUUCUUUACUUGUCCGGUAUCGCUCGAUCAAUAUCACUCUCGGUUCGUAAGUUAUUAGUAUUUACUAUCAUAUGGAUUGUGUUCUGUUUCCAAGACACUUUAAACAUUCCUUGAAAAAUUUAUUUUUGUCUUUGAAAAGUCCUUACUGUCAAAGUUCUUUAGUCAUAAUUGUCUCAACAUUUCCAUCACCUGAAUAUAUGCCGUAGAUUAAAAUGAAUGAUACAUAAUGUUUAAUGUGUUUUUCUUAUAUAGUCGAGUUUCGACGUCUGGGUUUGCUGCAGUUAAACUGUUGGAGAGUAUAUUGUAAGUGGGUUUUUUCAAUAUUUAUUAAUCUAUUAAAGAGGCUGUCAAGUCCGUUCUGCUCAUGUGCGUGUUUUGUUUACAUUUUUGUUUCAAACAAUAGAUAAUUUAAUUAAAAUUCCGAUCUGUGGGCCCCCAAGUUAAGCUCAUUACGCAUUAAGAAUAUAUCAUACACGAAGGAAAAAUUGAACUGCUAAAGCAAAAAUUUAGCCCCAAAACAACAGAUUGUAAAUAGAAGAUGCGAGUAGCGAGAACAAUUUGUUUUAUAAUUUUCGGCACUAGCAGGAAACUAAACGUCUAAGACUAAUAUUAGUAAUCAAGUACAGUGCAAAAUACUUGAAUUGCCAGUAUCACACUUCUUGAAUUUUGUUUCAUUGGACAGUUUAAUUGCAUUUAUCAUAUGAUAAUCACAAUUCACCCUGCCUUGGAGAGCCGUGAUCUAGUAGAGGACAGACUCAUCCAGAGGUCAGUCGACCACUCAGGAUGUAUCAAAAAUAGUGGACAGUUCUAAAAUGUCCACUAAACUGAAAAUUCCGCAAAAUUUGCGAAGACUUUGUUAGUAUGGGUGCUUGGGGUCUUCUGGUACACCUAUCGAGUUCAACACGGCUGUUGUAAGCUUUCUAGAAGCCUGUUGUAUGGUCGCUUUUCAAUCAUCAUUUUUAAAUUUUUGUAAAGAUAUGCAAGAAUCCACCAUGCGUAAAACCAAUCAUGCAUAAAUCAGUCGUACGGUACGUUUGAUAAACGGCAAAACCAUGCCAAAACGUCCAAGUUUUAUGGGUGGCGCGUUGGACUUACAAUGUACAUCAAAUUGUAUGGUACUUUCAAUGACAGUUCAUAACACACCUUCCAAAUUUGCGCCCUAUGAAUGAUGUGUCUCUGUUUAACUCUCCAGAUGAAGUACCUUCGUUCAAAUCGUCGAGAAGUAAUCUUUUUCGUGUUGAUAUCGAAAGGCUGUCGAGAAAUCGUCCGUAAAGUUCAAUUGUAUUCAUCGCGUUGCGGCCAACGCUAUGCUCUCGCAGUUUUGACGAAACCCUAUUUUCAUUCAUUUAGCACCAAACGGUCCCUUAGAGACAAAGGCUCCUAAGAAAACUCUCAUACCGCAUGGUAUCAAUGAUAUGGAAAUGAACAGCAUUAUCGCAUUCCAUGGGUAAGUGAUCACUGUGACGUGAACAUUUUCGAAAAGUAAUAUGUUCAACAUGGCGAUUCAUGAUAUUUUUCAUGGCAUUCUGAAUAUAUCUCGCAAAUAUACUCUCAUUCUAUGAAUUGUUGAUAUGUACAGUAAUAUGUUGUAUACGCCAGCAUAUUUUGAAGGGUGAAGAAUUUCAAGAUGUUUGAGCAUCUGCCUCGACCAGAAAGAAUGUAGGUGGGAUUUUAGUAGAUAAAAAGUGAUUUUUUAUGAAAUCUGAUUUUCAUGUUUAGUAAUAGAAGUUUUCCUUCAAUUUGCUGGAGAAACAAACCGGAUGGGACGGUUAUGUUACGGUCUGGUUCAGGUGUACAUAGAAGGUAUGUGCUACCCCUUACAAUACUAAAUACAGCGACCCUUCGUAUAGUUUAUUUAUUUGUUUGUUUCAUUCGCCUUGUGCAUCUUGUACAUAUCACCUCGUGGCAGGGGAUCCCCGCAAAAGCAUAAAUGCCAAUUAUUGCGGGCCCAAAUUGAUAAUAAAAUUACAACAAUACACAUAUUACAUUGUUUAAGAUUAAGAAAAUUAACAACCGUCGAUAGCGUGUUUCAGUCAUCGCAUGAAGAAUUAGCUGGAAAGUGUUAAGUGUAAUUAUAAAUUGCAACCAAAUUUGAAAUGGCGUAAGGGGAGAUACUGUAAAGCAAAUGGAAUGUGGUAAAUAGAAAAGGAUGAAGAAGGAUAUGGUUUGAAAUUUCAGACCAGAGCAGUGUACAUGUAUAAAUAUAGGCCAUGCCAAUGAAGCAAAAAGCACUGCUACUACAGCACAAACCGAGGCUGCAAAAAUGGUGAGAGUUACAGCUCCGAAAACCCCCAUGUAACACCGAUUUUCGAAAUUAGCAGCAUUGAAUUGAUCAAACUGAGUCAGUUUCAUUGGAAGGAUGCCGCCAUUCUCAACGUGAUUCCCCAACUAUUAUAGAAAUGCUAUAAGCUGUUUUACACUGCAUAAAACACCACCCCUGUAUAUUUUUAGAGGACUUUUUGAGUCGAGAUGCGAGGCAGAUGAAAAUUUUCUGGCUUCAGUUUGCUUUCAAAAUAAACAGUUAAAUGGCAAUAAACUGGUUGUCUUCACUGAACAGUAAGUCACAAGUUAGUCAAUCUGUUUGUGUUCAUACGGGCACAUUGCAACUUAAACGGCAUCAGCUGAUAGUUCUGCUAAUCAUUAUGCAAGACCCCACCCUUGACAAGUAAAAUCGUUUUGCAUUAGAACAAAAUAACAAAGUAUUGAACAUUGCAGCUUAAUAGGUUAUCUUUUGAUACCAGCUUUUUAUAGAAAAAAUCAAUUAUUUUCUCAUUUUUAGAAGCCGCAACAAUACUGCAGGUCUGCUGACUACACCAGCACAUCAACUUAGCGGUCAGAUCACGCCAAAACAAGGCGAAGGUACGAUGCAUGGCUGACAUUAGCGAGGUUUAGAUUUGACUACCACUGGCGACUGACUAAGUACAAUACUCGUGUGAUUGGUUAAUCAAGUAGAUUAAAAGCAUUUGUUUGGUUCCGUUGAUGGUCCCUUAAUGGUGGCGAAAUUAGUGGUGUGAAAGUCGUAUCUAAUCUUAAAAGCAUCUGAUAGGUUAAUGUUCCCUUAAUAGUGGCGGUUGUGGUAGUGAAAGUCAAAUCUAAUCCUCGUGAUUGAAAUGAUUAUACAAACUUGUUAUAGAGCGACAACGAUGACAACAUGAACAACAAUGUCAACAGCACGGAAAAUAACGUCAAUAACAAUAUAAACACCAAAAACAACGGCAAAAACAACCACAAAAACAACACGUUUGCGUCGAGGCGUCAUCAACAAUCACCGUAGUGAACUUGCACUUCGACAAGUUUUCAAUGUGCGUGUGAUCAAUUGCUCAGAAACACCAUAUAAUAUCAUCAUUCUUGUUAUUUUGUUAUAGCUUUCUGUUAUCCUCACGUGAAAUUUGUUUACACCGACAAAGAAAUCAUUCCGGAUCACAAAACUGUUAAACAAAGCUCGUAUAAAUUGCAGACACUGUUGGCUGCAGAGUGGUGAGUUUUUUGCUAUUAGUUAUUAGGCAUGCAGAAACAGUACCAAUUAUUUUUCGCUGGUAUUUGUAGAAAAUUGUAUGGUUUGGUGCCGUAGUGACGUAGCUGUCGCUGCUAUGGCAACAAUGACGUUUCAAUAGGAACUUUAGGGUCGCAAUCGUCAGAGCAAGCGCGUUCACCUCUGAUUUCGUGGGUUCCGGGUACUCCGGUUUCCUCCAACAGGGGGUUGGGGAUCACUGAUGAUUGGGAUUAGCCCCUAAACCGUGAACAGAUUCAACCUCUUUAGAUGUUGGUUUGUAUAAAUAAGAUUUUUUAGUUGCCUAAGUAAUACUUGUUUCAAAAAUACGAAUCUAUCCAAAGUUUUCAUUUUUGAAAAACUGUAGUAAGUGCUUAGACGAUUAAUACCCAUUAGAACACGCAAUCAAGUACGAAUAUUUAACAAUUAUUCGCCGAAGGCAAUGCUUAUCGGGGAAAAUUCGCCGAGACGAAUUCGAGGUGAAUAUUCCCCGAUAAUCACCGAGCCUGAGGCGAAUAAUUGUUUUAGUAUUUUUGUGUUUUUUUUAUUAUUAUUUUUUGUUUUUUUUAGUUUUAUUAUUUUAAUUUCGCUUAUUUCUUUAUCAGUAUAACGUCCACAAAACGGCUAGCCGCCAUUUUGAAAAUUUCGGUCUUGUUAUAUUCACCUGUAUAGGUGAAUAUAACAGCUUAAUACGUCCAAUUUGACCAAUCAACUUGUAGGAUUUGUUAUGUUCACUUGUGCAAACAUACUAAAAAUAAAUGUUUCUUUCUUCUCUCAGCGAUGACAAGACAUUCCUUUCUUAUUUGGCUGAAACUCAAUGGCUUUCACAAAUCAGCGAACUACUGGAAACGACGUCGUUGAUUAUCACCGCAAUGAGUACAGACAAGUCAUCUGUCUUGAUCAGUUAUGAAUAUGGCUGUGAUAGGACUGCUCAGGUUUCUCUAUGAACUGAUAUAUAUAGGAGAAAAAUAAUCAAUUUGUGUAUUGUAUUGCUCCGAGUAAACUGCGAAGGUCACUGAUAAGUUUUUUCUGUGCUUGCCUUAAAAAGCAUAAAUGCCAAUGCUACAGUACAUAAUGUAAAUAUAUCCAUCAACAUAUGCCAUCAGAAUCGAGAUGAUUGUUUCUAUUGGAUAUAUUCGAGAAACGGGAGAUCAUAAGUAUUUAUGGAGGUAAGCAAAUUUGAACCACUUGCUUACAAACCGCCCCAAAACGGUCGCAGUUCACUGGGAACAAUAGUGCCCAUGCAAUACUAGAUUCCCCUUAUUACGUUUUCGUAGCGCUUUGCAUUGUGGUUAUAGUGGUAUCACUGAUAAAGAUAGCGGCCUCGAAUGAAAAUAUUAAAUGUUUUCGCGAAUAUUUUGCUGUUGGCUAUCGCGCACCUGACCCUAGCUUUUUUUAAAAAGUUCUUGCACGCGGGUCAGGACAAAAAAUAAGCCAUCUUGAAUAUCAGUGAUACCACUAUAACCACAAUGCAAAGUGAUACGAAAACGUAACAAGGGGAAUCCUCAAUUAUUGUAUAACUCGCAUGCCUACAUAAAUAUACGCCAUCACUCGCCAUCUACAACGGCUCGAUUGUCUUCCGGUUGGCAUACGUGCUGUCAAAAACGUCGCUUUCGUAAGUUUUCUAUUAAGUGCAUUUUAUACCGUCGUGCGCAUGUGUAUAUAAACGAGCUAUUAAAACGUACUAAAAUAGUGACCUUGUUUCUAUUGCAGUUGUCCAGUUUGUCUCAGUUACUUCUUGAUCCACAUUACCGCACUAUUGAUGGUUUUCAGGUAAUUAUUUUCAAAAGGUUAAUAGUCAAUGAAUGGUUCAGCAUGUAAAUUGCCAUGCCACCUUACAAAACUGUUUACUGUGUUCCAGAUAUUAAUACAAAAGGAAUGGCUAUCCUUUGGUCACAUGUUCGCAGGACGAUGUAUUUCUCCCAAGUCAAAUGAAGGACAUGGACCCAUAUUUCUACAAUGGCUAGACUGUGUUUGGCAGGUAUGAAUUUUUCUCUCAGUUGAUUGGCUGUUUUCCAAAACGACUUGCGCACAAAACGUAAGUUUAGAAAUGCAAUUUGCCCCACAAUUAUGGGGCUUGCUACGCCACUGUCCUAACAUAUCUAUGUUUGGGAAAUUGAUGAUUUUUGUAAUCAAAAGUGAUAUUUUAGGGGAUUUUUCAAUUUCAAAAUUAUUCUUAAUAAAAUUAUCAUGUUACCAUGACAACAACUUUAAAACGUCAUGUUCGGAAAAUAUAAUGGUUUGUCAGCAAGACGAAGGUUUCUGCAUGCAUGUAUUUCUAGUAAUUAUAUAUGUACAGUACGUAAAAGGGAAAUUUGUGAUUUGCUCCAUGGUCCGCGAAGGUUUUAGAAGAAGUGCAUGUACAAAUAUAAUAAGAACAUUUAACAGAAAUGAUAUUAAAAAAUCAGGGGUGGAUUUAUAGGGGGGUGCACUUAUAGGGGGGUGCACAGGGGUGCGCACCCCUGUUGGCCUUGGUCAAGAGGGGUGCAAAAAAAUCAAAUUCAGAAAUAUGGCACAAUUUCCAAGGUUUUUCCUUGAAGCUGAAGCUCAUAAUGAAGAUGAAGCUCAAACUGAAGCUCAUAGUACAAUGCCCAUAUCGCAGGAUAUGGCAUUUUUAGGGUUCUAAUUUUCAAAAUUUUCCGGGGGCAUACUCCUGGGGAACUUGCGCCUUUGGCGCUCGAGUUGUUAGGAAGCCAAUUCAUUUGAAUGCUCCCCCACAACCCCCUAAAUAAUUAUAAAGAAACUCGGCUAUUCACCAGCACCCCCUAGAAAAGCCUUGCUGGAUUCACCCCUGAAAAAAAAUUACAAAAUAAUGGACACUCCGAAAACAGUUAACAUUUUUAAUUCGACGUUUCGACUAUCUUGCAGUCAUCAGGAAUGACGCUAGGGAAAAAUAUACAUGUUAUAUAUACAAGGUCAAUAACAUGUAUAUUUUUCCGUAGCGUCAUUCCUGAUGAUGACUGCAAGAUAGUUGAAACGUCGAAUUAAAAAUGUUAACUGUUUUCGGAGUGUCCAUUGUUUUGUAUUUUUUAAUAUUACUCAGUGGUAACCAGAAAUGAUAGUGUACCUUGUAUUUUUUCUCUUUUAGCUUCUGAAUCAAUUUCCUUUUUCAUUCGAAUUCAAUGAAGAACUUUUGCAGGUAAGAUGGAUGGGGGAGGUUAAUACUUUUAGAAAAAAGCGCAUGUCCUAUUUUCUGUCGCUGUUUGCACUUUGAGUAGAAUGAUGAGAUGCACAUUAGAAUGCACGGGAAACUAGUUACUAUAUUUCUCAAUUAUAUAUACAUGCAGAAUAGACGUUUCGUUCACACCUUCGUUCUCACAUAUUUAGCGGAUCAGUCCAUGUUUUAACUGGACAGCAAGCGGAUUAUCUGGGCGUGGUUUUAGGUAUACAUACUCAGGUGAAAUUUUCAACUGAAAUUAUGGCUUUAGGAAUUAAAAAUGUUGAUAUUAUCACUUUGAAUUUUGAAAUAUGCUGUCUGGAACUGUACUGGACUACUGGUCUAACCCCAUCAAAAUUUAGAAGCUUUUUCGAUAUUUUCUUAGGCUUAGAGAAAAUUGUUUGAGUUUAUACCUAAAUGUAGUUUCGUUUUUGUGACUCCAGUCGGCAAGGGCUAGUGUUUCAGUGAGGUGUGGCUUCUGAUCGGAUAUACUAAUUUAUGUAGUUCUUUACCCGUAUUUGCCAUCAUUUACAAAAUUAAGUCAACAAGGAAUUAAAGGUAAACCCUGUUAUUUUUUUAGACGAUUGCAGACCAUGUGUAUUCCUGCCGGUUUGGAACAUUUCUAUGUGACUCGGAGCAACAAUUUGAAGAAGAAAUGGUAUGUUUGCUAUUCUUCGCAUUUCAUACAUUACAUAAUAGAAAUAGCAGUGUAUCAACUAUCAAGAUUCAGUAAAUAUUGGAAGACCCAGUACAGACUUACAAAUGUAUAAUCUCCCUAUGUAAUCCAACAAAUUCCUUGACACUUAAGCAUUAACUGCACGGAAUAUGUCACUCCCAUAUACGUUUGUCCUUCCCAUACGUUUGUCUGGAUGUGUACAAUUCCAUGGUGAAUGAUCUUCCCAUCCACCGCGAUAUGAGUCCACAUUGCCGCUCAAAAUUAUACACAUCCUUGCUGAAUCAGUGAGAUGUAAUCUAGUUGUGAGCUUCAGAUGGAUCUGUCUUGUUGCAUAUCAUGGUGGGUUUGCAUGAUGAAAGGUGUGCAUGUUGAUAAUUUUGCAUUAGCUAUUCAGUCCGUAUUAUUCAGAUUGUACAAAAAAGAGGUAAUCCAAAUUUGACAGGUUAGCAUGUGUUAAUUAUUACGUUCAUAGGUUUUCUGUUUUCGUAUAUAUAAAGACAGAGUUGUAGACUCGUGUGACUUGGACUCGAGUCGGAGUCGCAAUUUUUGUGACUUGUGACUUGACUUGUUAAAGAGACUGGUGACUUGACUUGGACUUGGACCAAAUGACUUGUGACUUGACUUGGACUUGCAAGAAAUGACUUGUUACCAACGCAAGUCAAACGUAAAUAUCUAGUGAAAGUCAAGUGUUCCAAAAUGUUUGUGUUGAUCGAUCGAUCGUCGUGUUGUACAAUUUGGGCAACGACCUUUGUACAUAUCAAUGGCAUCGACAGAAUUUGUGCCGGCGUAUUUUCUGACAAAGCGGGUUUUUUUUCGCGAUUUCGUGGUAAAAUUAUUUAUUCAAGGAUCAUAUUUGGCUAUUUUUUAUCUCAAUGAUACACGACCUUUAUGGCAUUCGAUACAGGGAUGGAUCCAGCAUGAUCUGGGGGGGGUGCUCUGCCAGCUCUGGUGCCGAGUUGUGUUGGUCAUGUGUGCCGCCCGCCCAUCAACUUGCUUCACCACUGCAAAGUUUUGCUUGACUAAUGUAUUUGAAUUGUAAUUGUUGUUCACAGUUCGCUUACCAUCAUGUUAUUACUCAAAUUACUGUAUCGCAUUUUGUCUCUAAUAAUUUUUUGCUUUAUCAUGAAAAAUAGCACCACCCCUGCAUCCCCUCUGGCCAGGGCUAGGGGGGAUGCCCCCCCCCCCAGUAAAUCCAUCCCUUAUUCGACAGCUAACAGCCCGAUUUGUAUUGGUAUGAAAAACGUGAAUGGAUAAACGUAAUUUAUAAUGCACGAUAACAUGCCAAAGUUGGAUUACUGGGUGUAGCAAAAACUAGUAAAUUUUCUAGUGGCCUUAAAAAGAAUUUGUAUUGGCCCGUUGGAUUUGCCGCUCAAUUCCAUGUUUCUCUUUCAGAUUGAUAGCAAGACUCUGUCAUUAUGGACUUGGAUCAACCUGACUAUCAUGGCCGAACCAGAAAAAUUUGUAAACAACAAUUAUAUGAAAACUAAAACCGAAAGGUCAAUAUAUCUGUUAAAUGUAAUCAGUGUAUCUGUUAUCUGUUAUCUGUUAGAGUGUUGUUUAAAAGUAAAUGAUGCAUGAAUUUUAUCUGAAGUAAAUUUAAAUUGAGACGGUGUAGUUGUUAAAUAAAUCAUUUAUGCUGCCAACCUCACAGGGAUGGAUCCAGCAUGAUCUGGGGGGGGAUGUUCUGCCAGCUCUGGUGCCGAGUUGUGUCGGUCAUGUGUGCCGCCCGCUCAUCAACUUGCUUGACUACUGUAUUUGAAUUGUAAUUGUUGUUCACAGUUCGCUUAUCAUCAUGUUAUUACUCAAAUGACUGUAUCUCGUUUUGCCUCUAAUAAUUUUUUGCUUUAUCAUGAAAAAUAGCACACCCCCCUGCACCCUCUCUGGCCAGGGCUAGGAGGGUGCACCCCCCCCCCCCGCACCCACAGUAAAUCCAUCCCUGCAACCUCAUACCCAGGGUCUUUCCACUUGGCGAGGGGAGAAAAUACCCUGGCGUCUACCAGGGCCUUUUCUCCCCAAGAGGAAAGACCCUGGGUACAGCGUUGACAACGAGAAUCGAGCCCACAAUCUCAAUAUUUUUAAAUACUUUUUCACUGGGCUGGGUGGGUUGGUAAAUCAAGAUCCUACUUUACUGGUACUCCAAUAUUAUUGUCGCGUACUUGAGCGAUUACAAAUCACGCAUGGAUAUAUUAAUCUGUAUUAUAUAAUUUAGGAUAUUGUUUCCACGGUAUCAUAUUCCUUCGUUAAACGUUUGGGAGUCUUAUUAUGCCAGGACAAGACUCGAGGUACUGUAUAUCUAUACAAAAUACAAACUGUUUCAAUUGAUGGUUGAUCACGAUUGCUGAUAACUCAAUUUGGGUACUUUAGGAAGAGCUACUAGAAGCGAAGCAUAUUGCAAAAGAGCAACGCAAGCUGCAAGAAGAUAUUUUUGCGGUAAGAUUUAUACUGAAUUAUUUUAUUUAUUUAUUUAGCUUUGCCAACUAGGGCAGGGUCACCACAACAGCAUAUGCCAAUUACUGUGGCCCUUUUUACCUAACCCACCCUGUCAACUUUCCCUGUUGGAGGAAACCGGUGUACGCGGGGAAAACCCACGACUUUCGGCAGAGCUUUGACUUUUACUCUUUUCACCUGAGGACUGGGUUCGAGUCGCAUUGAGAAAGUUCUCACUGAGGCUUGAACCUGCGGCCACAGAGGUGAAAGGCAAGUGCGCUAACCACUUGACCACCGAAGCUCCACAAGGAUUUCUUGUUAUGUCUUAUUGUGAGAAUUAAAGCCUGGUUUCCAUAUGGUCGUAAAAAUAGAGUCGCGAUCUUUCUCAACGGCCAUUUAUAAAGUAUUCUCUAGUUAUAAUCACUCGGCGUAUGUUCAAUUCUAAAAUGUUCUAUUUCGGCUGAGAAAGAUCGUUACGACCAUAUGGAAAGCAGGUUUAAAGCGUGGUUUCCAUAUGGUCGUAAUGGUCGUAAAAAUAGAGUCACGAUUUUUCUCAACGGCCAAUUUAUAAUAAUUUUUCUCAACGGCCAGUUUACACCCGUACACCCAGGGUCUAUAUCAGAGAAAUUCGGGGGCCCGGGGCAAAUUUUUGUUUCGGGGGCCCUAUUUUUCCCGAAAACGUUGGCGAGCGCGAGGGAGGAGGUGACAUUUUUUUCCGGAGUUUCAAAAAAGGGGCAAAAAAAUUUUCUGGUCCAACAUUAGUUAAACUUAGGUUCGAAUUUUUUUCCGGACAAAUUCCUCUUACAGCAUGGGUCUAACCCUUUUUUCAAUCAAUAAAGGUAAAAUUGGGGUUUAGAAAAUUUGUUCUCCUACCAUUAUUUAUAUCAACAAACGCUCGAAAUUUUUUUUUAAUUUUGCAAAUUUGGGGGACCCCCUUAAACUGGGGGCCAGGGGCAAAUUGCCCCCAGUCCCCCCCCCCCCCCCUCUGAAAGGCCCUGCGUACACCACAUAUAAAUAUAAGUAUUCUCUAGUUACAAUCACUCCGCGUGUGUUCAGUUCUAAAAUGUUGUAUUUCGGGUGAUGAGAAAGAUCGUGACUCAAUCUUUACGACCGUUACGACCAUAUGGAAACCAGGCUUUAACGUGUGUGGGCGUGAUGUGGUUGAAAUUAAUAAUUUUAGCUAAUAGAUAUAUCCACGUAAACUUUAAUUAAAAUUAAUUACUAGGACUAAUCGUCGGCCAGGGGCAUUGUUGCUUUUUUUUUGCUUGUUGCACCAGCAGAUGCAUGGCGUGCCGUGUCAUUUUGUAUGAUUUUUUUUCCGUUCUAAAAUGCUUCGUCAAACACGAUUUUGCCCUCUACCCAGCUCUCCACUGAUGCAAAGGCUGGGUGUUACGGUUCUUUCGGUAUAAGUAUAAUUGUAAUUUCUACCAGGGCCGUAGACACGGGGGGGGGGGGGCGUCAGCCCCCCCCAAUAAUUUGAAAUCUAGCGAUAAUCUGUAAACUUUGACUAGGACCAUGGCUAGCACCAUGGCGUCAGCGUUUGAUGACGAAUUACGGGUUACGCCAAAAUCAUAGGAAAAUCAUAGGAAAAACCAAGAAGUCGGCCUUCUGUGUACCUUAUUCUGUGCCAAAGCUCGGCGAAGUAGGAAGCCGGUGAGUUUAUAGUGACCGAUUUAUCGAUUAUUCAAGACGGAAACGCAGCAGCGUUGCAUAAAGAAAGUUCUCGAAUUAUUGAACUUUAGCGAAUUCAUCAUCUGUUUGGACAUCGUGUCCUUUUGACCUGUUUGGGGAUUUUCCCUGUUUUAUCUAUGUCAAAUUCAAUUGGCCAUUACAUGUACAAUCGUCGUUCGCAUAAUACAACGCACUGAUUAAAUCCCCACGAUGCUGCACUGCAGAUUUCCAUUGGGGUUCUGCACAUUUCUAAUUGGACUUUAUUUCGUUGACUUUCUCACGACAUGCUGCUCAACUCAAGCUCAAUUAAAUUAUAUUACCUCCGAAUGCAAUGAUUGUCGUCAUGAAUAUGCCCAGAAAUCUUUGACUAAUAUCAAAUUCAAACGGCGUAAAAAAUUUCUGGCUUCAAGAUUUCGAUACUACCCUAAUUCUGAUGCUUCUUUUAAUGUGGAACGUAAUCCAGGUCCAUCAAAUGGAAGUAAAUCUAGUUCUAUGACACCAUCUAAACAACAUGAAUCGCUUACGUUUUUUAUGCAAAAUGUACGUAGUCUAAAUUUUUCAACUUGAUAAUUUAACCAACUGUCGUGAAAAUAAAUUGUCAUGUUUCCAAGAUAUUGUAUUGUUAAACCAAUUCGAUGUCAUCGCUCUCACAGAGACCUGGUUGAAUAAUUCCAUAACUGAUUACGAAGUUAUUCCAAACGGGUAUCAAAUCUUUCGUAAAGACCGUUCAACUGGCAAGCGUGGAGGUGGUGUGUUGCUAGCGGUGAAGGAUUCUAUAAGUACCGAGCCUUUCAUUUUCAAUUGUGAAUCGAUGGAAUUGACAAGCGUUGUAAUUAAAUCUCUUUCCAAACGUGUUCUUAUUGCUGUGUGUUAUAGACCACCUAACGCUGAUAGUGACUUCCUUCACAACUUAAACAGUUUUUAUAGAGUUUGCUAUUAAAUCUAAUCUAAAGGACAUUAUUUUGCUUGGUGAUUUCAACUUUCCAACUAUCCAGUGGAUAAAUGGUUCAGGAUUUCCUGUUACGUUGUGUGAGACUAGUUUUACUGAUUCCUUGCAAGAUCAUGGUUUUUUUACAACUUGUAACUUCACCAACUCGUGGCUCAAACAUUCUCGAUCUGGUCCUAACAACCAAUGAGUAUCUUGUGGAAAACAUCGAGACCACGGAUGAUGAAGCUGUUUCCCUCAAAUCUGAUCACAAAUCGAUUAUGUUUGAUGUUUUACUCGAUCACAAGCCAAAAUUCGCAGCGAAGAGAAAAAUCUACAACUACAACAAGGGUGAUUUUGUAGCUCUCCGUGAAUCUUUGAAACUCUUGCCUUUGACUGAUAUUGUUCUCAGUGAGAAUGAUAUUGACAUCGCAUGGUCCAAAUGGAAGGACACUUUCCUUGCUGCUGUUGAUACAUAUAUUCCGAGCAGGCAAACUUCCGAACCUCACACCCCCUUAUUUUACAAGAGAAAUUAUCCACAUACUUCAUCAGAAAGAAUCUCUAAGAAAACGAGCAAGAAAGUCUAAUUCGGCAUUGCUAUGGGAAAAAUUUCGUGAACUACGAAGGUCAGCUAAACGCAUGAUCAAAACCAAAAAGCGUGAUUAUAUAAGGAACCUUGCUAAUACGAUAAAAUCUAAUCCGAAACAAUUUUGGAAAUUUUUCAAAUCGAAAUCAAAUAAAUCAACAUUACCUGAUACCAUGACCCUAGCUGAAUCGACAUUUAAAUCAUCAAGUGAUAAAGCGGAUGCUUUAAACAAAUUCUUUGCCUCUGUGUUUCUUCCUCGUCCUCAAAACCCAUGUUUCCCUCCAUCCAACACUGUUCCUGUAACUCCAACUGAGUUUUCUGAUGUUUCGGUUGAAGAAGUUUGUCGUCUGCUAAAUAAUCUAUCCACAUCGAAAGCUACGGGUCCAGACGGGAUUUCGGCAAGGUUAUUAAAGGAGUGUUCGGAAGUCCUUGCUCCGUCUCUUACUGCAUUAUUUAAUAAAUACAUUGCUCUCGGCAAGGCUCCUGCAGAUUGGAAGUAUGCAAACAUCGUUCCCGUUCCCAAAAACAACAAAACUCAUAUUGUCAGUAAUUAUCGUCCAAUUUCAUUAUUAUCUCUCGUGUCUAAAGCUCUUGAGCAUGUGGUCCAUAACCGAGUCUUAUAUAUUGUUAAACCUCUUCUUUAUGACCAACAACACGGCUUUCGUUCGGGAAAAUCUUGUAUUACUCAGCUUCUUGACGUUGUUUACAACAUUGGCAAGGCGUUAGAUUGUGGUAAAGAAAUGGACAUGAUCUAUUUAGAUUUUUCCAAAGCUUUCGAUUCGGUACCUCACGAUAAACUUAUUUUUAAACUCUCCCAAUUUGGUAUUACUGGGCCGCUCUUAGACUGGUUUUCUGACUAUCUGUCUGCACGUAAACAGCGCGUGGUAGUUGAUGGUUUCUCAUCAAGUUACCUCGAUGUAACAUCUGGUGUUCCUCAAGGCAGUAUUGUUGGCCCAUUGCUUUUCUUGAUCUACGUUAACGACCUUCCUGACGCAGCAAAACACAGCAAAGUACCAAUGUUUGCCGACGACA